AUGCCAUACACGUGUGAGAUAUGUAGUGCUGCUUUCUCUCAUAAUGGUGAUUUACAAAGGCAUAUACGAAUACACACAGGAGAGAAGCAAUACAAGUGUGAGACAUGUGAUUCCGCUUUCUCUCGGAAAGGUGAUUUACAGGGGCACAUACGAUUACACACAGACGAGAAGCCAUACAAGUGUGAAAUAUAUGAUGCUGUUUUCUCUCGGAAAAGUGUUUUACAGGGGCACAUACGAUUACACACAGGAGAGAAGAAGCCAUACAAGUGUGAAAUAUGUGAUGCUUCUUUUUCUCAGAAAGGUCAUUUAAAAUGUCAUAAACGAAUACACACAGGAGAGAAGCCAUACAAGUGUGAACUAUGUGAUGCUGCUUUCGGUGUGAAAUGUCACUUACUGAUACAUAUACGUAUACACACAGGAGAGAAGCCAUACAUGUGCAAGAUAUGUGAUGCUGCUUUUUCACAGAAACGUUAUUUACAGAGUCAUAAACGAAUACACACAGGAGAGAAGCCCUACAAGUGCGAUAUAUGUGAUGCUGCUUUUUCAUGCAAAAAUUACUUACAGAGACAUAUACGAAUACACACAGGAGAGAAGCCAUACAAGUGCGAAAUAUGUGAUGCUGCUUUCUCUCGGAAAUUUAGUUUACAGAGUCAUAAACGAAUACACACAGGAGAGAAGCCCUACAAGUGCGAUAUAUGUGAUGCUGCUUUUUCAUGCAAAAAUAACUUACAGAGACAUAUACGAAUACACACAGGAGAGAAGCCAUACAAGUGCGAAAUAUGUGAUGCUGCUUUUUCUGAGAAAGGUAAUUCACAGAUUCAUAAACGAAUACACACAAGAGAGAAGCUCUACAAGUGCGAUAUAUGUGAUGCUGCUUUCGGUCUGAAAUGGCACUUACAAAGACAUAUAAGUAUACACACAGGCGACAAGCCCUACAAGUGUGAGAUAUGUGAUGCUGCUUUCGGUGUGAAAUGUCACUUACUGAGACAUAUACGUAUACACACAGGCGAGAAGCCAUACAAGUGUGAGAUAUGUGAUGCUGCUUUUUCACAGAAAAGUCAUUUUCAGAGUCAUAAACGAAUAUACAAAGGAGACAUGCCAUACAAAUGUGAUAUAUGCAGUGCUGCUUUCCCUCAGAAGAGUAUUUUACAGAAACAUAUAAUAAUACACACAGGAAAGAAGCCAUACAAGUGUGAGAUAUGUGAUGCUGCUUUCUCUCAGAAAGGUAGUUUACAGGGUCAUAAACGAAUACACACAGGCGAGAAGCCCUACAAGUGCGAUGUAUGUGAUGCUGAUUUCGCUCGGAAAGGUUAUUUACAGAUUCAUAAACGAAUACACACAGGAGAGAAGCCAUACAAGUGUGACAUAUGUGAUGCUGCUUUCUCUCAGAAAGGUAGUUUACAGAGUCAUAAACGAAUACACACAGGAGAGAAGCCCUACAAGUGUGAUAUAUGUGAUGCUGCUUUUUCACACAAAAAUCGCUUACAGACACAUAUACGAAUACACACAGGAGUUACGAAUACACACAGGAGAGAAGCCCUACAAGUGAGAUAUAUGUGA